GCUUGGAAGGAGGAGCAGGACCGAUUACUAGAGGAAGAACAACUUAAGGAAGAAAAAAAAAGAAAAAAAGAAAAUUCAGGAGGUAAAAAGAAAGGACAGGAGAUAAUAAUACAAGAAGAAAGUAAAGGUAUCAACAAGAAAUCUUCCAAAGAGAAGUUUAAAGAUGAGCCAGCACAAGCCCCUGAACUUAAGGAGGAUCCCAGCAUCCCAGAACCACAUCCUGAGAAGGUUUAUAAGUUUCUUGGCUACAAUACAGGGGAGGAUGUCAUUCAAGUAUCAGGGACCAAUAAAUAUCUUUUCCCAUCUGAUGGAGGACAGAUUCAAGUAGAGAAGAUAGAGUUUGUAAAAGGUCUAACUUUGGUAAAGGUGAAAGUGAUAAAAGACAACCACAAUUUCUUCAUUCAUAUCACAGACCCCAAGAAAAACUUAAAAGAAAUCGAAGUGCAAGAAAUUAAUGAAGAACAGAAAAUUAGAUCAGGAAAAUUGAAAAAUCAAAAGAAAGCUGUGAGCAAGUUUGGAUCUUUUUCAGCCACCUUGGAAAAUGGAAUACAGCUGUCCCUGAGCUAUUACGGACCUACAGGGAAGACAGCAGAUGAUGAAACAGAUCCUGUCUUAGCAAGAAUUCUGAACAUCCCUUCUGUUCAUACUCCGACCGUAAUUUCUCCGGUUACAUCAGCUUCAGAGAAAAAAGAUAAGUCCGUCAAACAAAAAUCAGGAAAAUCUCUGCCAUCUAAAAAAGGAAGCCAUAGCAAAAUAGGCCCUCCACCACCUGAUGACCUGGUAAAGCAAGAAGGAAAGGUGGAAAUGGAAGAAUCAGCUUCCCAAACGCAAGUGAUGUCAAAUCCUCUUGCUUUCCCAAGUUUGAACGUCUCGUGUCCAAAUGGACUAGUAUUAACUUUCCUUGCUGAAACUUUUGGAGAUUUGAAAGGUGAAGCCACUACAGCUGAAGCUGAGAAAGAGGUGGUAAAGAAAAGUGAGGCUGAAGGAGAUGAAGCAAAGGAGGAGGAGGUUAUGGAAAGUAGAGGAAAGGAACAUGAGGUUACAGAAGGAGAAAUAAAUCAUGAAGACACCAAAAGAGAACAGACCAAGCAGCCGACUCUGGAAAUUCUGGUUAGGCAAAGUUAUUCUCAAAAGGUAAAGAAUGCUCAUCUAUAUACAUCUGUGGCAAGGCAAGCAGAACAAGAAGUGUCAAGAGUCAUCACCAGUCAAGGAACUGUCAUAAAGUACAUGAUGGACGGAUCUACGCAGAUUCUGUUUGCUGAUGGCACAGUGAGUUGGAGUCCUGAUUCUGGCCCUAUCGUACCACCACCUACAAUUCCAGAUAUCAUGCAACCAUUACCAGAAUUGGUGGAGCCUUUACCUGAGACCAGCACUAAGAAAGGAAAAGGCAAUGACAGAAACAGUAUAUCAAACCCAACCAAGGAUGAGUUGUUUGAAAAUAUUGUUCAGGGUCUGGUUAAUUCUGAGCAACCUAAGGAGAACCAGGCAGGAACCUGGAUAACAACAACUCCAUCAGGCAUUCGAGUGGGCACUGAGGGAGCAAAGAGAAUGGAUCUGAAGCCAAUCUUAUUCUUUCAGGCAACUGACCCAGCUGAUGGAACGGUUAUGACUGUACGAGAUGAUGAAGUGAUAAUUGUUGAGAAGCUGGAUGGUAGCAGAGUAGUAGAUCAUGCUGAUGGUACUAGGAUCACAACUUUUUAUCAAAACAGUGAAGAACUUUUUGUACCCAAGGAUAGCAAGGAAACAGAUGAACCCUCAGAAAUCACCACAAAGAAGGUGAAAUGUAUGCAAGUGGAGAAUCCUGAGUUUGCUACUGUUAUAACAAAUUGUGAGGAUGGUACCUGUUGUACCAUCUUUGGAGAUGGGACAUCUAUUAUAGCAAAGCCACAGGGAACAUAUCAGGUUUUACCCAUCAAGACAGGCUCUCUUUUCAUCGAUGAAGAUUGCUCAGCAGUUUAUACCCAUGAAGUUUACAACUUCAUCAGCAACAAAGAAGAGAAACAAGCAGGGAGAUACAUUAUGAAACACACUUCCAGCACUAUUUGUGAGAUGAUGGAUACUGAAGGAAAUCUUUUCAAGGUCAUGGCUGAUGGCAGCACAUUUGUGAGUAUUCCUAGCAUUGGUUCUGAUGACAAGGAGGACAGAAGUUCAGCAGCAGUACUCCCAGAAGUUAACAAACCUAUCACUUAUGAUGAGCAUGUCCCCAGGUUCUUCAUCAUCUACGCGGAUGGUUCUGGAACCGAGCUCCUGCGGAGCAGGGAUGUACACAAGUAUCUUGCUGAGGCCUAUAGUGAUCCCGCUGUUGCCGUCUUGCAGGAUCCUCUACAAGAAUGUCCAGCUGUUCUAAGUAUUACUGUCCUCCGCCCAUUGGCUGAAACCUCCUCCUGGGUAAUGAAGAAAGAACCAGAGAGUAUUGUUCCUCCAGAUCUUCAGUCAAGGACCCAGGACACAUUUUCUUCUCUUGAGAGGAAGAUCACAGGUUCUUCAGUCAGAACACAUAGUUGGAGGGGUCUCUGCAUUGGAUCCAAAGAGCAGACGUGCUUGCCAGUACCUGUGCGAAAAUGUCCUAAUAAACUGCAAAUCCGUCAGCUAUUCCAGUAUGAGCCACUCAGUGAUGAACUAAGAGAAAAGCUGCAGCUUUCCCUCAAGGAAUAUAUAGACAACAUUUUAAAGCAGGAAAAUGAGCUGGAAGAGAUGAAUGUAAAAGAACCAAGAACAGAAGAGGAAAAGGAGAAUGCUGCAAGUCUCCUUGAACUGGUUACAUCCUUCCCUACCUGGGAGAAGUCAUCUGAAGAUCUCAGUGCUAGAGCUCACAUAACUGAGCUGUAUGAACAGGCAGUGGAUUCGCAUCGCCAGAGUCACACAGAGAAGACAAUCACUACCCAAAGAGAGGACCAACAUCAGAGGUUCAGCCCAGAAGGAGUAACACCAGUGUCCAAGUGGCAGAGCAGACUACAAGAGCACAGGAAAGAACUUGAUGAAGAAAAGAAGUCCUUAAUGGCAAUAAGAAACAAAAUAAUUCCUCCAUAUUUUGAAUCAGAAUUUGGCAAGGAGUUUUUCCUGAAAAAGUUUCCUGAUGUGGAAGCACUGUCUAUGGAACUUCCUCCAGUUCAAAAAAAAGAAAGUGGGAAUUUCCCUCUAGAGAUGAUAAAAAAAACCAGUAGAGCAUCUGAACAUCUCAAUGCUAUGAAUGAUUCCUCACCUUCACCUGACCUUCUGCUGCAGGCACAUUCAAAACAAAAUGAAGGUUCCAGCAGCACAACAGACCUAAACAAGGCUGCAAGAUCACAAGAGACACCCUUUCAAUGUAAAGUUCAGAGUCUGCUGGUGAAUGCUGCAGGACAGCCAAGAAAAGAGAAAGUGAAAUUACCAUCAUCACUUCAGGGCAGAAAACCAAACUCCAUACCAAAUAACAAGACAGAAGAUCCUGUCGCAGGAAAGAUCAACACAUCUUCUCUUGCAACAAGACAACAGCAUCUUAGUGGCUUCCAUCUCAUUCCACCCAGAGUGACACUUGGAGUGCUAAAGGAAGGCUGCACCUAUGCAGCUACCGUGAUCCUGAAGAAUGCUGGUGUGAACUUCUCAAGGUUUCGGGUGAAGCAACCACCUCUGCACACAGGACUGAGAGUGAUGUACGCACCAGGACCUGUGGCAGCAGGCUUGCAGGUUGAACUGGAGAUACAGAUUUUUGCCAUGGUAAUUGGAGGGGAAGGUACUGGUGGCCUUGAAGAAAUUUCCCAUGAUAUUGAAAUAUUAACAGAAACAGAGACUCUUCUCCUGCCUGUGAGAGCAACUGUGUUAACCAAUGACAUUUAUGAGCACCGUCCACAAGGAUACCCCCAGGGUGGGAUGGCAGCAACAGUCCGUGCAGUUCCUACAAGCCCUAAACCGCAGUUCCGGAUUACACUUCCCCGAAAGCUUUCUAGUUAA